GCGAUGCUUCGGGCACCCCUCCACCAAGUCGGCCGAGUGGAACGGUCUGGACUAUUUAUAAUCGCGGAGGCACACACGUUGGCGCAGUCUGGGGGUAUUGUUCGGAGGCAGGGGAGAAACUUACAGUUGUGACAUCGUACUAAAUUGUGUAGAAAGCGAAAAAAUAGAUAAUGAAGUGGACAGCUGAGCGGCAGGCUGUUUUUAUAUGACCUUAUAUAAACUUGAGAAAUAGCUACUGCUUUAAAAAUACAUUAACUAUAUGUUAACGUUAGACUUACUGUGGUACAAGCUAGCAAACAAAAGUUAACCCGGUCACAAAGACGCACUUGGGAGGGAGGUUUUCCGUCGUUUCAAGGCUAGAUACAAACUAGUUACGUUCUUGCGCCUCUAAAAUAGAUAUACAGCGAUAAUCCAAAAAUCUGACCACUGGAUAAAUUGGUUUUUUUUUUUUUUUUGGUCGUUGGUCAGGGUAGGUUUAAACAGCUAACCACGGGGUAUAGCCCACAGCGAGGCGUUCCAGAGAGGAAGAGAGAACGGAAGCAUCUAUUAUGUUAAGAUAACUAGUUUUAUGUGGUCAGUCUCAAAACUGCAGACAAUGACCAUGGCAGGAGCUUCAUUUUUAAGGGAGUUGUAGUUAAAUAUUUCAAGAUCUGAGAGAUUUUUGCAGAAAAUUCUCGUGUGGAGGAAGUGAGAUAGAAACGUGAUAGCAAGCUUGAUUCUAUUUAAAACGAAAGUUCAUCUACAGAUUUAGCCAACGUCGAGGGAGGACUCUUCCCCAAUCCCUCUGUGUCUUUUUUUUUUCUGUACACAUUAGUAACUUGUCAAAGUGGACAGAGCUCGUUAGAGCCCGGCUAGUUAGCUGACCAUUUUUCCAGCCCCACAGUUCUAGCUAGCGAGGUCUCGCAGCCGAAUGCUGCUCAUUGGUUUUGUGCUACUAGUAUAGCUCAGUACAAUACAUUCCCCAUCAAACAUGUCGAACAUCCCAAACGACGCAGUAUUCUUGAUAAAAGAUGUAAAACCUGGACUGAAAAAUUUAAAUAUCAUCUUUAUUGUUUUGGAGAUAGGCCGGGUUACCAAGACGAAGGAUGGGCACGAGGUGCGGUCUUGUAAAGUGGCAGACAAGAGUGGCAGCAUCACAAUCUCUGUCUGGGAUGAGCUGGGUAGCCUUAUACAGCCUGGUGAUAUCAUUCGACUCACUCGAGGGUAUGCCUCUAUGUGGAAGGGUUGUCUGACACUCUACACAGGAAGAGGAGGGGACCUACAGAAGAUUGGGGAAUUCUGCAUGGUUUACUCCGAGGUGCCAAACUUUAGUGAGCCCAACCCUGAACUGUUAGCACAAGCGAACUUGCAAAAUAAGACUGGUAAAGGAGAGCAACGGGGUGACUUGCCAACAAAUCAGAAUUCAGGUACUAUGGCACAGACGGGUAAUGGUUCCUUGCAGAGUUACUCCAGCACCCCCUCCGGUCCUCGGGACUCAGGCUUAGGAGGACGGGCCAAUGGCCGUGUCCCAGGAAAUGGUGCCCCCCAAGUGCCCGUAGGGACACCCUCGAUGGGGUCAAAACCCUCUGUCACAAUCAGCAACGGUCGGGAUCCAAGACGCGCAUCUAAGAGAUGACAUGCCAAAACUACUCCCUGGACUUUGUCCCCCUGAACGCACAGUUCCAUCCCAACCUAGUGCCAGUGUUGAAUUACCAUCCCCCUAACCUAGCCCAUCAUGUGUGCUAAAACUAUACACCCUACUUGAACACUUAAUGCACUUUCUUUAUAAAGAUUGCAAGUCAUUACUGUAACUGCAGGAUGUCACUCCUGCAUUAUUUGAAUGCCACAGUCUGUGCAUUUUUUUCUGGGUUUCAAGUUCCAAUCCUGCUGCUUAUGAUUGGUUUCCUUAUUGACCAAAACAUACCGUAAGUGACCGUGUGAAAGUAAAGGUGGUAGUUUGAUAUUUACACGUAGGCUAAUUUAAUUUGUUUGAAAUUAAAAUAAAAAGUAAAACCCUGUCUUUUUCAUGAGUUCUGUUGAGCAACUCAGUGGCCACAGAGCUACUGUAAAUUUCAGGAAGGUACUGAAAAACAGCUUUAGUUGUACAUCCUAAUACUAAAUACAGGACAUGUUUCAAUUGCAGCUAU